GAACCGGUAUCGUGAGGAGCGGUGUUAUUUAUAAACUGACGUUUGUCGAAAUGGCUCCCAAAGUAGAGAGAAUCCCUGAAAUCCCGAACGUAGAACUCGGCGAAGGUCCCCACUGGGACGAAAAAUCUCAAUCGCUCUAUUUUGUUGAUAUUUUAGGAAAUACUAUACACAAGUACCAUCCGGCAACUAAAAAACACACCCAGGCUAACAUAGGAGCACCGGUUUCGAUAAUAAUUCCCGUACAGGGCGAGAAAGAUCGAUUCCUCAUUAGCAUCGGUCGAGAAAUUGCUUUGGUGACGUGGGACGGAAUUAGCGACCAAAUAUCGAACAUCCAAAAAAUUGCCGAAGGUGAUCCAGGGACCAACAACAGAUUUAAUGACGGGAAAUGUGACCCAUCUGGCAGGUUAUGGGUGGGCACUAUGGGCCCGGAACCAGAAAACGGUCACGUACAACCAGAACGAGGUUCUCUAUAUUCCGUUAAAGGAAACGAAAUUAAAAAACACUUCUCGAACAUUGGAAUCUCGAAUGGCUUGGCGUGGAACCUUUCCCUUAAAAAAAUGUACUAUAUCGAUUCGUUCAAAGGUACGGUCGACCAGUUCGACUUUGACAUUGAAACUGGAUCAAUCGCUAACAGAACAUCAAUUUUCACCUUGGACAAGCACGGAUUGGCGUCCGGUACCAAUCUAAAGACAAACGUUGCCCCCGAUGGGAUGACAAUUGAUACUGAUGGUAAUCUUUGGGUAGCCGUAUUCAACAGUAAUUCCGUGUUGAAAAUCGAUCCGAGGACGCCCGAAACUUUGCUUGAGACUGUCAAAAUUCCUGCGAAAUAGGUGACAUCUGUAGCAUUCGGAGGUACUAACUUGGAUGAACUAUAUGUGACAACGGCCAAAUUCACUGUCGACGGGGUGGUGCUCCCACCACCGGAUCACGGAGCGGUAUACAGAAUCAAGGAACUGGGAGUCAAAGGACACGCAGCAGAUGAAUUCGUGUUGUGAAGAACGCAUUUUCCCUUAAAUAAAUAUAAAUAAAGAUAUAAUA